UUCACGGGCUCAAUUGGUAUAAAAGCUAUAGGCACAGAUACGACAACAGGCCAACCUGAACAUUCUGCAUUUUGUACAAUCGUCGGGCAUCUCAUUCACUUCACAAUGAGUACUUCUUCUGGAGCUCGCUUCCUUGACUGCCUUUCUUGGCGCAACCUUGCAGCAGUCUUGUUCAUGAUCGCCGCUCUAAAUGCAGAUUCUGCUAUCAGUGGCACUCCAGUUAAAAGCGCAAAUCCUGCUUGUCCCACUGCCUUCUGGAAUUUCGGAGACUCGCUGACGGACACCGGAGGCACGCUUGACGUCUUCGCUUAUUCCUUGGACCCCGAACGCAGCCCCUAUGGAGAAUCGUUCUUCGGCAGGCCAGCUAAACGUUUCUGCAACGGACGCGUUGUGCCUGACUACUUCUCUCUGGCGUUCAAUUACCCGCUCCUACAACCAUAUUUACAGGCCGGUGCCUUCGAUUACAAUUAUGGAGCCAACUUCGCUGCUGGCGGAACAACUGCUUCCAACGACACUUCGAGGAACCCGAUAUUCCUGAUAAAUCAAGUUUCUGAAUUCGUCAGACUCAAGCAGAGUGCAACUUCUCAAAAAAAUCAAUUUGCAUGCCAUCCGUUCAAACAGUUUCUGCCUCGGGAUGAUUCGUAUGGCGAAGGAUUGUAUACCUUUGAAAUUGGAGGAAAUGACGUUCUUAACGCCAUCUUGCUCAGAAACCUGACUGCGGAGCAAAUUAUAACUCAAGUGAUCCCAGAGGCCAUGAUCAACAUCCUCGCCACUAUCAAGAUCUUAACUUCAAAUGGGGCCAAAAAGUUUCUCUUCUUCAAUGCUCCUAAUGCAGGCUGCAGUACCAUAGCUAUAACUGUUCUGGCAUCCAUUCCCGGGGUACAAACAGACGAAAUGGGCUGUAUUGUGUUCAUCAAUGAGCUGGAUCAAGCCUACAACAAAGCUCUUAAUGAUACAAUCGCAUCUGCUCGACUUUUAUAUCCUGGUAGAACCAUCUCCAUCUUCAACUACUACGAUGCCAACUUGGAGAUUUUGACAAAUCCCUCCCUUUACGGAUUCAAUCCAGCUUUGACCAAGCGUGCGUGCUGUGGAGCUCCUGGACUUGGAACCCUCAACUACAACCCGCUCGUUACUUGUGGUAAUCCAGGGUCCAACAAAUGUGCAAACUCUGAGGAAUAUGUAAAUUGGGACGGUGUACAUUUUACCGACGCGUUUUACAGGCAAAUCUCUUUAUGGGCCCUCUCUGGAAAAUUCACGGAUUGCCCGGUCAACUACACCUCUCUGUGUAACUUAGAUUUCCGGAAUUUUGCAAAGUCUUCCACAUACAACUCUGUGUAUCCUCAAAGUUGCAGGGUUACAUUCACGUGAUAUCCUCUCGGUUUUAUUCUUCCAUAAUCGAUGAUUUUAAGCUUGAAAACUAGAUUUUAGAAGAGUUUAGAAUGGAAAAUUAGGGCCUUCGAGAUAGCGUCUGGAGCUCAAGCACAGUACAUCGUGAACAGGAUACUAUCUUCUGAGUAUUCCCUGACUCUCUUGAAUCCCGUCUUAUAAUGUGCCAUAAUUUGUGUUAUCUUGGACGGUCUUCGUAAUUAAUGCUGUAUAUGGAUCUCUUAUAUAAGAGGAUGCAAUUUGCUCAUCAGUAUGUGUCGUAGGUAAUGUAUAUUUGAGACCACACAAGGUAAAGGUAAUCCUGAAUGAAUUGAAAACUUAGUGUGGUGUUCUCAAAACGAGAGGCCAAUUCCAGGUUACCACCAGCGCAUCUUACGAACGAGAUGAAGUUGUGAAAUCAGCAUGGGAUCU